CGAGAGGAGGAAACGCUCAUUUGAUUUCAUUCGUGAGAAGUCUUCGAGUUCCCUCACGGAGAAGGACAUCGAAUUAUUCGUGGAGGGCAGAGGACCAAAUCGGUACCUGCCUCGAAAUUCGAUGACGGAAUCACCCAAUGAGCGUAAUCUAUCAAACCCGGCAUAAUCGCGUGUUUUUUUGCCGUGUUUGUGCACCUCGGUAAACGGGAUUGUAUGCACAAAGAAGAUAAGCAUUAUGACUUUGAACCCUUUGAUAAAAGUAUGGGGAGCAAUGGCUGGGUGUUCAUCUAUCGGUUUACAGUGAUAUAAAGCGCAUCUUGAUCAAUAUCCUAUUAUCACCUGAAAUCUGCUAUUAGAAUAGGAAUACUAUUUUAUGAUGUGCUUACAGUCUAACGUGUUUAUGGUCAGCAUGUGGAUGCUCAUUUGUUUUGUCUUGAAAGAGACCCAUUUAUUCCUUGUCACUGAAAGGAAAACCGCACCAUGGGUUGGUGCUCCUUGAAUAGUCUACUCACCUCUGCUCAUACCUGUCACAGAAGGCUACUGCCCGGUUUUGGAAUUACAAUUGGAUUUAGAUAAAUUCUAUAGAACAACCCAAUGGACAAUUACUCACAUCUACAACUGCAGUGUCUGGAGAUGACGACUAAGAGGAAGAUCAUUGGGCGCCUGGUGCCAUGCCGGUGCUUCCGGGGUGAGGAGGAGGUCAUCUCAGUGCUGGACUACUCCCACUGCAGCCUGCAGCAGGUGCCCAAGGAGAUAUUCAGCUUUGAGCGCACGCUGGAGGAACUCUACCUGGAUGCCAACCAGAUCGAGGAGCUGCCCAAGCAACUAUUUAACUGUCAGGCUCUCCGGAAGCUGAGCAUGCCUGACAAUGACCUGUCAAACCUGCCAACCACCAUAGCCAGCCUUGUAAACCUGAGGGAGUUGGACAUCAGUAAAAACGGUAUUCAAGAGUUCCCAGACAACAUUAAAUGCUGUAAAUGCUUAUCUGUUGUGGAGGCCAGUGUAAAUCCCAUUGCCAAGCUCCCAGACGGCUUCACCCAGCUCCUCAACCUGACACAGCUCUUUUUAAACGACGCCUUUCUGGAGUACCUCCCCGCCAACUUUGGCAGACUUUCCAAGUUACGGAUCCUGGAACUGCGAGAGAACCACCUGAAAACGAUGCCAAAGUCAAUACACAGACUGUCACAGCUGGAGCGAUUAGACUUGGGAAGCAAUGAAUUCACUGAACUGCCUGAAGUCCUGGAGCAGAUCCAUAACCUAAAGGAGCUGUGGAUGGACAACAAUUCUCUGCAGAAGAUACCUGGGUGUAUAGGGAAGCUGAGGCAGCUGCGCUACCUGGACCUGGCUAAAAACAGGAUUGAAAGCCUGGACACUGACAUCUCUGGCUGUGAGUGCCUGGAGGACCUCCUACUCUCCUCCAACAUGCUGCAGCAUCUGCCUGACACCAUAGGAAUGUUGAAGAAGCUCACAACACUAAAAGUGGAUGACAACCAGCUCACCUCACUGCCUAACACCAUUGGAAGUGGACGCGCCAAAAUAGGUUUAUCGCUUUUAGAGGAGUUUGACUGCAGCUGUAAUGAAUUAGAGUCCCUGCCCCCCACCAUUGGCUACCUGCCCAACCUUCGCACGUUUUCUGCUGAUGAAAACUUUCUCAUUGAACUACCCAGGGAGAUUGGGAACUGUAAGAAUGUGACAGUCAUGUCGUUGCGCUCCAAUAAACUAGAGUUUCUACCUGAUGAGAUUGGGCAGAUGACCAAGCUACGUGUUCUCAACUUAAGCGACAAUAGAUUAAAAAAUCUCCCAUUCACUUUCACAAAACUAAAAGAUCUUGCUGCUCUUUGGCUUUCAGACAAUCAGUCCAAGGCCCUGAUCCCUCUCCAGACAGAGGCCCAUCCAGAGACCAAGCAGAGGGUCCUCACCAACUAUAUGUUCCCUCAGCAACCACGACAUGAUGAGGACUACCAGUCAGACAGCGACAGCUUCAACCCCACCUUAUGGGAGGAGCAGCGUCAGCAGAGGAUGACCGUGGCCUUUGAGUUCGAGGAGAAGAAGGAGGAGGAGGACAACUCUGGAAAAGUCAAGGUUGAGAUCAAUCUGAAGCGCUACCCCACACCGUACCCAGAGGACCUGAAGAACAUGGUGAAGUCAGUGCAGAACAUGGUGGGCAAGAACCAGCUUCCCCUCAGCACUGGUACUAACUCCUCUGGUACCAACAUGGAGUCACGAAAACAAGAACAGUAUGAGCCCCCCUGGCCCAUGCCCCCCAAAGAGGUGAUGGAAAGAGAGAUGUUAGAGAGAGAGAGAGAGUUCAACAAGACUCAGAUGACAGAGCAGGGCAUCAUACACAACUCUGCCAUCGACAUCCCAAAGCGCAAGGACAAGGAGGAUCUGACUGAGAGCUCAGAGAUUUCUUUACAUCGCGUGGUUCCCAAGCUGCCACAGCAAGAGAAUACAUCAUCAGCCGUUACAGCUUCUUCCUGUUUCUGCCUCAUAGAUUCUAUGAGUGGCUCUCCGAAUGAUAUCCGUAUCUCUGAUAUGAGGCCCACCCUGGUGGAACCGGCCAUGUACAAACCAAAGGUUGUAUUACUGGGGAAAGACAAGAAAGAGUCUACAGAUGAAUCAGAUCCGGAUAAGAUGCAUUGCCUGAACAACAGUGGCUCGUCAGCCACCUACUCGGACUACUCUCCAUCCCAGGGUUCUUCUGGCUCCUCUAACCCCCCGGGCAACGUGGCCGCCCUGCAGGCUGCUGGGAAGGAUGGAGGAGUGCCUCAACAACACUGGACCAACAGGCUGGUCCAGCAGUUCCCCAAACCCAUCGAAACCAAGCCGCUACUGAGUCAGAGAGACCCCAGAGAGACCCCUCCCUCCAGCACACUGCAGCAGCGUGGUGAGCGACGCCCCCUCAGUGACACCUUUGACCAGUGGAACGAUACCUCCCACUACGACAACACAGGCUUCGUGUCUGAGGAGGCUCCUCUGGAGACCCCCAGUGGUAGCAGCAGUGGUAACCCCAUGCUGGGCUCCAAGUCCCGCAGCUCCUCCACCUCCCACGGGGGCCGCCGGCCCCUCAUGAGGCAGGAGCGCAUCGUGGGCGUCCCCCUGGAACUGCAGGAUGCCCCUCACCAACACCCACACCCCUCCCACCAAUUCCAUAAUGUCCGCACCACGCCAGAAAAUGAAGUGCCUCAGCCUCCCCCUCCCAACCCAUGGCAGAACUGGACACGGACGCCCAGCCCCUUCGAGGACCGCACAGCUUUCCCCUCAAAACUGAGCUCCCCAGGCAACAGCCCCAACCCUGACCGCAAGGACUUUGAGCAGGAGAUGCAUCAUGGGGAGCUGCCAGGGACGUUCCCCUCCACAGGGACAUGGGGUUACCUAGACUCCAGGAACUCGGGGCAGGGUCAGGGGCGCAGCAACCAGCAGGCCAACAUAUCCAGCAUGUACCAACAUGUCCAAUCCAAACCCACUAGACCAAGCUCUGGGGCCAUGGUGAUGAGCAAGAGCUCUGAGCGCCUCUCUCCCAUGAUGAAGGAGGUGAAGGCUAAGUUCAAGAAGUCCCAGAGCAUUGAUGAAAUAGACAUGGGCUCCUACAAGGUGUACAGCAUCCCCGUGGACAGCUACAGCUCCAGCAUAGAGAACCAUGGGAGUGUUGACCGUCCAGACAUGCCGGCCCCCAUGGAACAGAGCAUGUCCCGCAGCCAGUCUGCCCCCAUGCUGGACGAUGAUGACGCCUACGGCACAAAUAGCCAGCAGCAGAAGCCUGCCAUCCCCAAGAAGGUCUACCACUUCGACCAGAGCUUCAACCCUCAGGUGGCUAUGGAUAUGAGGAAUCAGCAGCAGGAGAGGAGGGCCCCUCCACCCUUCCCCAACACCCCUGAGUAUGUCAACCAGCCAGGGAAGACCCUGCCCAAAGAGCUGGUGAGCCCCAGGGGCUAUCGGGGUUACCCUCCUAUGGACCAGAUGUUCUCCUACUCUCAGCCCUCAGUCAACGAGGAGAACCAGCCUCCCCAGCAGCAGCAACCCUUCCCCAUCCCUAGUCAGCGCUCCCGACCUGGAUUCCUGAGGCGGGCUGACUCCCUGGUCAGCUCCACAGAGCUGGCUCUGUUCCGCAGGGUUCAGGAGGCCCAGGAGAUGCAGCAGAUGUCGGACCACUACGGCCGGCAGCACUUCAAAGGCAUUCUGGAGCAACAGAACAGUCCCAGCAUGGCCCAGCAGGACCAACAGUACAACAAGAGGAAUGGCAGGUACGAGGAAGACUACUCCUCCUACCAGGAGCCCAAGAAGCCUAUCAUGGGCUACCCUACAAAGAGCCUGACGCAGCGACGCCCCCUGUCGGCCAGGAGUUACAGCACAGAGACGUUUGGGGCGUCCCAGGCCAGGCCUGUGUCUGCCAGACCCACAAUGGCUGCACUGUUGGAGAAGAUGCCUCCAGAUUAUAAUCUGAGCACGUGCACUGAGAAUAUAAAGAGCCCUGAUGAGAUGAAAAUGCGCACCAUGCAGCUGCAGCAUAAGCCUGAUGAUAUGUCCUCUAAGAUGCCAGUAGACUGGAGGCAACAGCUGCUUAGACAUAUAGAGGCCAAACGAUUGGACCGGAGCGCUGUCCUUAAGCACAACACAGUAAACUUCGGCAUGCUGUACUCUGGAGGCUAUGCCGCACCGCAUGCCGGCAGAAGCAUGACAAUAAACUUUUACAAUAACACGAAUAAGCAUGAAAACCAAACGACACAGUGGCUACCUCUACCCAAUACCCCUUCUCAACAGAGCAAUAUAUUAGACAACGGCCAGGAGGUGGUCUCUCCCACCACUCAGUGGGCCCCCUACUCACUGGGCAGGAGAGACGUGCCCCCAGAAAACAUCAUGAAAAAGCUUCCUGACUCUUUGCCUAACGGGUUGAAUUACCCACAGGCAGGCGGCCACCACCCCCACCAAUCACAGACAAUGAUAGUGACAUCCGCGUCGGCCACACCCCCACACCGCUCGGUGCGGGACCAGCAGUACGAGGGCGCCAUCAACAAGAUCUCCAUUCAACAGUACCAGUCUCCUCUGCCCAUGGCCACCACCACCAGUCCCCGGCCCCAGAGCGCACGCUGUCUCAUCCAGACCAAAGGCCAGAAAAGCAUGGAUGGCUUCCAGGAGCAGUUCUGUGUGCGGAUAGAGAAGAAUCCAGGCUUAGGGUUCAGCAUCUCAGGAGGAAUCAGUGGCCAAGGGAACCCCUUCAAGCCUUCUGACAUGGGUAUCUUUGUUACUAGGGUACAGCCUGAUGGACCGGCCUCCAACCUGCUUCUGCCUGGGGACAAAAUACUGAAGGGCAAUGGACAUAGUUUUUUACACAUGGAACAUGAAACUGCUGUCUCUCUUCUGAAGAAUUUCCAGAAACCUGUGGACUUGGUAAUCUUGAGGGAGAGCACAAUUUAAAUAUUUUUUAUAACACCAUUGCUUCUUGCCCAAACGGUUUGUGGAAAUGUGUACAACCGAUUUUUAUCUAUGAACAGAGACAUUUGCCAAUUGCUGGACCAAUGGCAAAUACUAGUGCCAAAUGUACUAUAGGAUACAUAUCUUAUAACCUAUCUAUGAAUUUUGUGUAAACAGGAAAUGUAUAUUCUGAGUUGAUGUGAAUGAAAGUCAUUUUUCUCAUUCAAGCCCGAGGCUGUAGGUUGGAGUAAUUUCAUGUUAUUUAUUUUUAUUUUUAUUUGAUCUUUGUUUUUAUUUAGAAGUUUUUAUGCUUAUUUAUAUUGCCUUUUAUUUUGUACCUUUUUUCAUUGUAGCUUCUCAUUUUACUCUCAGAGCAUGAAAACACACUAGCUCUUUAGAAAUUACAUUCACCAUAAACACUGCCUCAACUUUGUAUAUGCCUUGUGUAAAUAUUUUCAUUUACAAUAAAGACAUGAACAGUAGAGAGGUGAAUGGUACUGAAAAUAUUAUUGUUUUUUUGUUACAGAAGAAGGAAAUCGCACUUGUCUCCAACCUUAAUACAGGGCCAACUUAUAAACUGCUUUUUAUUUUUUCUUAUAGCUUUUCCCACCGGUUUAUUUAAUUGUUUUAAAACUAUGUUGCUCUCUGUACCCAACCAGUCACUGCAUUCUGUGAACUAGAAUGUUUGUAGGUGCUCAAUGUUCAAUAAUGAACACAUGAGCAAAAUUGAAGUAGAAGCAAUAUUCUAUCCCAACAUGACAAGACUACCCUAGAGGGCCAUCUGCUGGCUAUAUUAUGUGGUAUCCCAUAAUUGUGCCAAGGAGUAUGUAAUGCAUACAUACCCCCACAUUCAUAUACAGAAAAAUCCAUUGUUUGUGCAUUUAAGCACAAUUGUAACAUCGUUUCUCAUCUGUUUGUCUGUGUUUCUAUAAAAAACCUUUGAGUGGUUUUGUUCGCACUGAUUUGAAGUGGUGUGAGUAAUAUUGCUUAGCUUUUCAGCACCACUCUGUGGAACACCAAUGACUUUUUAGAACAUUUCAAGCUCAGUUUAUUAUGAGUACGCAUCAUUGGAGAAGUAUUAAUGUGAGAACUAUGAUGGUAUUUUUUCAACAAUGCCACUGCCCAGAAUAAGCAUUUCACCCUGUUACAUUUCUGGAUGGAUGUUCAUUUUAAGCUCUGAUGUUACAGCAUGGUCUUUGAAUAUGUUUUUGGGAUACAUUCUGCGUUUUGAAAUAGAUUUUAGGGUCUCUCUUAUAAAGAGAUGUCUCUCUUUUUGCAAACCAAUGAGAUUAUUAUAUUGUCAAAAUUGGUGCCAUUUUAUCCCAAUCAAAAACAUAUUCCUUAUGAGCCCUGACAAUUUUUCAUAACAUUUUUGUCAAAUGUAGCAUCAAAUGUGACAUUCUUGAGAAAAACUAAGCACCUAUAACUCUAUGGAAGGACCCUGGUUGAAUUUGUGCCAAGCUAAGCUGGUAAGUGGAACUUCGGUAUCCAGUCAAUUAUGAGUUCAAAUAUUCAAGAUAUUGUUCCAGAAAGUUUGAUAAUAUAAUUAUUUUUACUAAAUGUUUUCAGGUAAUUAUUCAGAAUAUAUUGAUAUACCUUUGCUCAAAUAUAUAGCUUUGCUCAAUUUGCAAGAUUUUAUAAGGACAAUGAAAGAGUAUGGAUGAAGAUCUUACGACUUGAAGAAAAGCUCUACUAUCAAAUGUAUUUCUACAGUAAUUGUGAAUUUGUGUUAUACAAAUAUUAUAUAUAUGUAUAUGAAUAUAAAAAUAGUCAUUUUUGUAUGUGUUUAAAAUACAAUUAAAUAUAAAAAGUGAAUAUAUGGUAAUAUUCAGUCAAAUUGCAGUAUUGAUGUAAAUAAUUGUGAAUGAAAAAACACAUUGAGAUAAUUUAUUCAUAGAUUGUGAAUGUACUCCAAGCUUCUGCAGUAUGAAGACUCACUGGACUUGAAUGCUGCUUCAUUUUUUGUGCAAAAAGUAAUUUUAACUAUUGAAAGAGAAUUAUUCUGUUUAGUUGGACAAAUUUAGUGAUAAUUUAUUAUACUAUUUAUUUGCACAUGCAAGUUUAAUCCUUCCAGUUUUAUUUCUGUAUUAACACAAAGAAAUGUAAUUGGUAAAGUAUAUAUUGUGUGUUUAGAUUGCAUUUCGCAGAUGCUAUCUGUACAUAUUUAAGAUACACUUUUAUUAAAAAAAGAUUAUAAAAUUGAAUGAAAAAUGCUGUGCAGCAAAUACAGAGCCAUUUUCGGCUUUGGAAGUACAAUUUUUCAGUAUUUAAGAAGUGUUUUGAAUAAUGUAUAUUGUACAAAUAAUAAAAAUGUCACUUGUUAUU